AUGGACCGAUUUAGAGCGCGUCCACUUCAGACGCUUUCUCUCACUUCUCGUCCACCUUCGCCACACGCCCUUGCCUGGUCAUGCGAUGCCGAGCUGGCCAUUGCAACGCAAGAGUCCAUCUACAUCUUCUUGCCCGACUAUCUGGGCGGCCACGAUGCCGAUGCUGAUGAGCGAGAUGCCUCCCAAUAUCAGUUUGCACUAUCUCUCCAGCCGUCCUCCGUCAUCAACCCAAGCACCCGGAUCAAUGGCCAGCUAUGUGCCCAGGCCGGCGUCAAACUACCCGCUCCCAGAACUGGCGAAGAGGGCAGCUUUAGAGGAGUUGGCAACGGGGCAGUUACUGGGUCUGGCGCGGCAUUGGGCCAGGUCAUUAGAGUGGAAUGGUCCCCGAGCGGAUUGGGCUGCAACUCGCGACCGGUGUUGAUGGCGUUGACGACUACCGGCAAUUUGAUCACGUUUGGAGAGCAGGCAGAUAGCCAGUCCACCGCCACGUCGAGCAUGAGGACUCGAACCUUUAAGAACUGGAGGAUGCUAUGGGGUCUGGGUGCCAAGCUGCCCAUACCUGAUUCCGAGUCCGGAGAUGGCUAUCGGGUCAUGGAUGAGCGCAUCACGUCUUUUUCAUGGGCUCAAGAGAUUGCGCCAGGAAGAGCCUUGUUGGCCUACAUGAAUGAUUCGGGGGAGCUUGUCGUCAUGAGUGUUCAGUAUCACCUGCGCCGAGACACUUCAAAGCGUGGCUCUGAGAAAGAAUGGAUCUGGACGUUGAUGCAGCACGUUAGAAUUGAUGGAAGAGGGCCUCAUAAAGAAGCUGUAGAUGCUCAAGAUCCAGAUUUUACUCCCCAAGGCAGUGCAUUUUCUAUGAAAUGGAGCCCAUGGCUCAUUGAGGAUGGGUAUAGGACGGCAACUAUUGCAUAUAUUGCAAAGAAUUACGUUGGCUUCCGCAGAAUUAUAUUAUAUGGCGACUGGGAAAGGGGCGAGCUUCCCGACGUGGUCUCCGAGCGAAGCGAUACUACUGGGAUAUGCUUACCCCUCUCUAGCGACUCUUUAGUCGAGUGGGAGGAUGCGAUAUGGGCUGAAGGAGACUCUUAUACUGCCCGGGGUAUUGUCUCGACUCCGUUCACUGUGAAGCCUUUUCAAGUUUUGCUCAAUGGUGCUUUGGCAGAGCCCAAGCCUCCGCACACAGUAUGGGAAUGCGCUUCAGCGUAUCCCGAAUCAGAUGAGCCGUCGACAAAUCCCAUUACAGGACUCGUUGUUCACGAUCCGGAUCCCGAAAACAAGCCCCCAAUCCCAUACUAUUCAUUGGUCAGGCUAUCUGCCACCUCUACAAAUCUCGACUGGUACCAGACAAACCUGCCCGAAGGAAAUCUGCCACAGUGGGUAGAAGACAUAGGAGAUCAACACGCGCGUCUUGUGCCGCGAUCUGCCGCGCUCUACGGCGUCGACUCCGACUUUGAGUCAGACUCUGAAAAUGGAGACGACCGGACGAUGCACGAAGCGCCUCCAGCGCAAGCCGAGCCCGUCUUGCAAGUCCACCCUUACCGCUUCCGCCUCUGGGGCUUGGCCAAGUCCCCUGGCGACGGAUGCACUGCCGUGCUCGCCUCAAAGCACGAUACCCAGCAUCCCGAUCGCCGGGGCGUCUCAAACGUGCAUUUCGACUGGCAAGUACCUGCCGAUGCAGACGACAAGCCUCUACGCGUCAGGAAAAUCUCAAAGACUCUCACGACGGAAGGUCGAGUGUGGGAGUGGAUGUACGGCAUGGGAGAAGACGUCCCCGGCGUGACCCCUGGACAGAAGACAUCCACCACCCGGUUGCAAAGCAGCCCCUUGAGACAGCUGUUCAAAGACGUGGUGUUUAGGCUGCCAUGUGUAUUCUGCAGUACUCAGCUAUCGAUCAAGGACGACGUAGCUACUUGUGACAAUCGACACGCAUUCGCCAUAUGCGCCACAUCCGGCAUUCCCAUCCUGGCACCAGGCAUAUCCCGCGUAUGCGGCGUCUGCAAAAUGCGCUGCCUCAAGGUAGCCGAGCUGGAGAGGCUGGCGGAAGAGUAUCUCGGGAGCGUGGAUGCGGUGGGCGAUUCGCAGGGAGAAGUGUGUGGUGGGUGUGGCGGCAAGUUUGUCAUCUGAGCUUUGAUACAUUUGGAGUUGUUCUUGCAAAAAUGAAAGAGUAUGUAGGGUAUUCAUUAAUAGGAGUAAAAGUGUCAGAGGUAAUGGUUGUGAAGAAGCAUACGCUCGAUAAACUUGGAUUUUCUGCU